UGUUGCUUUUGAGUAUAUAUUUUCAAGUCUUUCCCUAUCCUUCAACUUGAGAGAAUUCUCUAAGGUGCUGUUCAAUUGCUUGUGUAUAUGUUGAGAAGAGCGGAACAUAGGGGUAACCGAGCCAGGUCCAAAAUUUUUUUUGUCCGCCACUCCUUUAAAUUCCAUACACCGAAGAGAAAAGGAGCAUAACGACACAAAAAGGUCAAUAAUAGGGAGAGAUUAAAUAAUGCGAGGGGGAACGACCCUGGCCAUCAUCGGCUGUGGACAAAUAGGAACCUCUAUUCUAGAAGUCCUUCUGACAACUCUAUCACAACCAUGUCCCAACCAACAACACAAUCCUCUACCGAUACUAUCGAUGAAAUUGAAACCAUCACGGUUCAUCGCCUGCGUAAUCAGUCAGGAUUCUGUGUCACGACUACGCACCAAAUUCGGCCAUUUUGCGCGCAGCUCAUACCCCAAUGUACAAAUUUCACAGGGCCGGGUGGUCGAGGUUGUGCAGCAGGCUGAUAUAAUCCUCCUCACUCUACAAGCAAGUCAAGGGGCAGAUCUUCUUAGCGAUCCCUCGUUGCGAGAACAUUUAGCUGGGAAAUUGUUGCUGAGUACCUGCGCGGAUUUGUCGGUGCAGCAGAUUGAGCAACUUAUUUAUAAUGAUGCGAUUGAAGAAGGGGGCACGGUUUCAGAGAGAUGUUUUAUUGUCCAGGCUAUACCGAACACGGCUGCAGGUGUCCGUCAAUCAGCGACUUUGAUCAGUGAAACAGUCGCUGGUGCAGAUACGACUCUUCCACCAGAUUUUCAGAGUUUGACUACCUGGAUAUUCUCGAGUAUUGGCACGGUGACUUAUAUGCCUGAGUCGCUCAUGAACAGUGCCUCGAUGAUUAGCGGGCUGGCUCCUGCUUUUUAUACCGUUGCGCUUGAGGGUAUUGCGAAGGAAGCAAUAGCCAGAGGGCUCAGUGAGCCCGACGCUUUAUUCCUCGCUGCACAGGCCCUAAAGGGAACUGCGGAAAUGGUGCUAUCAAAGAAAGAGGAGAAUAAGGGAUUAUUUGCCCUUGAUGAAGUUAGAGAUCAGGCUAUUGCUUCGUCGAAUGGGAGUGGUGCGAGAGGGACUCUCGUAUUGAGACAAGCUACUGUCAAGGAUAGCUUUGCUGAAGCAAUGAGUCAGGGCAUGGAGAAGAGGGAUACAGAGGAUUGUCUACUGAGUGUGACAUGGCUGUAA